AGGAUUGGGUUAAGACAUGAGAGUGGUAGCGUAAAUACGAAACAGAAGAGAGCAGAGAAGAAUGAGUGAAUCGGGAAGGAAGAAGGAAGUGAGAGAGUAAGAAUGUGGUUAACAGCGAAGCCCGUGCGACAUCUAUGUUUCCCAAUCCCAUUCUCAAUCCCAAACAAGUGCAAUUGCAUUUGCAGCUUAUCCAUAACAGCAGCAACCAACCCCAACGCCAACACGGGAAUUGAUACUAGUCUCACUCAAUCUCACACUCCCAAGCCCAAGCCCAAGCCCAAGCCCAAGCCCAAGCCCAAGCCCAAUCCUACCGUGAAGAAGAGGAAGAGGUAUCGAAAGCUGUACCCCGGAGAGACCACCGGCAUCGCCGAAGAGAUGAGGUUCGUCGCCAUGAGACUCCGAAACGGCGACGUUUCACAAGACCAGCCACAUUCCAACACCUGGCAGGCCUCCCUGGAAGGCUUCCUCUCUUACCUCGUUGACAGCCACCUCAUUUUCGCUACUCUCCAACGCAUCGUCGACGAAUCCGAAAACGUUUCUUAUGCAUACAUGAGGAAAACUGGGUUGGAAAGAUCAGAAGGGCUUUUGAAGGAUGUCAAAUGGUUGGAGCAAGAAGGAUAUGAGAUUCCGAAUCCCAGUUCUUCAGGGCUAACAUAUGCCAAAUAUUUGGAGGAACUUGCAGAGAUAAGCGCACCCAUGUUUCUCUCCCAUUUUUACAAUAUCUACUUUUCUCAUAUAGUUGCUGGUCAGUUCAUUGCAAAGAAGGUUUCUGAAAAUCUCUUGGAGGGUAAGGAGCUGGAGUUUUACAGAUGGGAAGGAGAUGUACCUGAAUUGUUGAAAGGUGUUCGUGAUAAGCUGAACAUGCUUUCAGAGCAUUGGUCUCGAGAUGAAAAGAAUAGAUGUUUAAAAGAAACUACAAAGGCAUUCCGGUUUAUGGGACAGAUUGUUCGUCUAAUUGUUUCGUAAACAGACAUUUGGUUCGCUUUUUCUUUUCUUGACAGCAAUGCCUUGGUGCUGCCUGGCCCAGGUGCCAUAAAUCUGUGAUGGAUUUGCACAUUCUUAUUGAUAAGGAUUUAAGAGCAUAGCACGUGGAGAAAGACUCUAAUUUAUAGAGGUCGGCGUAGCAUAGAGGGAACUACUUCAGGCUCGUGAAUUCCGAAAUAAUCAUCACCAAUAUGAUUCAGUACUCCUCUAUAAUGAAGUUUUCCUUCGUAAUGUGGCCACUAUUUCCUACUUGCACUUUAUUAUGUGCCAAAUAUUAGUUAAUACUUUUGAUAUCAAUGCUUGAAGCCUCUGUAAUUAAAAUACUCAAGUUAUGAAAGUUCCAUUUUAGACUUUCA